AUGAGUUUGAUGGGUCAGCUGUCAUAUGCUGAGUAUUUUCAAAAUGGACAAAGUUUCUGGAUACUUCCUACUGGGGAGAUUUAUUCUGCAGAGGCCAUGAGGAAAAUUCUCAAUGAUGAAAUGGUUGACACAAUCAUGGCUUUUGCCGAGUCGUACAAUAAACUAGAGCUCACAGAUCUAGAGACAGCUUUGUUCUCAGCUGUUAGACUAACUACAACAACUGGAAUUGAGUUAGAAGAUAAGGACAAAGUUAAUCAACUUUACUCGCAUUUACUGGAUACUCUUGCGUUUGAAAUGAAGAGAAAUCAUCCCAGUAAUCACAUGCUGUUGCUGAUAGAUAUGUUCAAACUUGUACCAUUGAUAGAAUCAAUCAAUAGGAUUCAAAGCGAAAUAAUUGCAAAUUUCUCCCUGAAGAGAUUUAGUAAGUAG